AUGCACCCCUCUCGCCAUAUUCAUCUUCCCACGGAAGUAGUCGUGCAGAUCGUUUCUUACGUCGAUGGGAAUGAGCUCGAUCGCCAACGGACUCUCCAUGCCUGCUGUUUGGUAUCACGCCAAUGGUACUCCGCCGCCAUCGCAUACCUCUAUGAAAGGCCUCGGGUAGAUUCUGGAAUCUCCUUCAGGAGGUUCACAGACACCAUCAGUCCGCCGAUCAAUGUCCGGAAGAACAAACUGAAUCUCGGCAGUUUCGUACAUCGAUUAAACCUAAGUCACCUCGUCCACCAUAGCUCCAACAGCCUCACAGCGAGGCUACUGGGCCGAGUCAAGGAGAAUCUAGAAGUAUUCGUCGCUCCAACCCUAACAUUCUCCAUAAGCAGCCUCCCAGCGCUAUCAAAAUGCACCAACCUUCGAAACCUCGACCUCGCACUUGUCCACGAAGCAAUCCCCUUCCCCAACCUCAAACAGGCUAUCAGCCGCCUCCACAAACUCGUCACCCUUCGCCUCCCACAAUCAAUCAUCCUGACCGACCCCGAAUCUACUAAAGUACCAUGGCCCCCCUCCCUCCACCGUCUCCAGAUAAGCGGACGCUUCAACCCCCUCCUGAUCCCCACCUUCUCCUGGCCCCCCGCGCUCACCAGCCUAGCACUAAAAAAUUGCUCCGACCUCUCCGUCUCAAACCUGAGCAGCCUUAUGAGUAGUCCGCAACUAGGCGAAAGCCUCCAACGUCUCACCAUCUCCGGCUCAAACCGCGGUCUAACUCCGGAAUCCAUCAACGCCAUACCCGCUUUUCUACCCAAGCUGAACUUCCUAAGUGUACCGGGCGACAUGGUGGAAGACUCGUUUUUCAUCAUCCUAUGCCAUGUGUUCCCGCCAUUGGCGUUAGAAGUACUAGAAUUCGGGUUUCCGUGCGUGGACUUUAAGUUGAAUUUCGAGACGAAGACGCUGAUAUGUGCCCUCGACACGGGACUGGCAAGUCUUCGCUCUGUCGGGUUCGUAGAGGAUCUGGUCCCGGACGAACGCCAGGAAGAAGAUGUGGAGAUUGACAACGCUCUCCAGGAACGGGACAAGCGGCGUGGUUCUCAGUCUGGGGCAGAGAGUCAGGAUGAUGAGGAGCAGGCGGGCGUCUACUAUAUUUGA